AUGGCUGGUCAAGAAAUCUACCAGGCGAGCACAACAGCACCAGUCAACAUCGCUGUGGUAAAGUAUUGGGGGAAACGAGACCCAAAACUGAAUCUCCCAACCAAUUCCUCGAUAUCAGUAACCCUCUCCCAAUCCGACCUUCGUACCCACACCACAGCAGCCUGUUCUUCCAAAUUCCCUUCUGAAGAUACCCUUCUCCUCAACUCCUCCCCGCAAGACACCUCAGGAGCCCGAACCCAAGCAUGUUUCCGCGAGCUCCGAUCUCUACGGUCCGCUCUCGAAGCCUCGGAUUUUUCCCUACCUAAGAUUUCCUCUUUACCACUGCGAAUUGUUUCUGAGAACAAUUUCCCUACGGCGGCAGGAUUGGCAAGUAGCGCUGCUGGAUUUGCAGCACUGGUUCGCGCAAUUGCAGAUUUAUACCAGCUGCCAGCUAGCCCAACUGAAUUGAGCAGAAUCGCAAGACAAGGAAGUGGGAGCGCGUGUCGGUCACUGUUUGGGGGUUAUGUCGCAUGGCAAAUGGGGACAAAGGACGAUGGAAGUGAUUCGCUCGCAGUCGAGGUCGCACCAGCUUCUCACUGGCCUACCAUGCGCGCUCUCAUUCUUGUGGUUUCCGCUGAGAAGAAGGGCGUUUCCAGUACCUCUGGUAUGCAGAUUACUGUCGCGACCUCAGAACUAUUUCAACGACGUGCAGAGGUUGUUGUUCCAAAGCACAUGAGUGAGAUGGAGGAGGCUAUCAAAGCCAAAGACUUUGAAAAGUUCGGAAAAGUCACCAUGAUGGAGAGUAACUCUUUUCACUCUGUGUGCUCGGACACGUUUCCUCCUAUUUUCUACCUGAAUGAUGUGAGUAAGGCGGCCAUCAGAGUGGUAGAGGAUAUCAACAAGAAAGCCGGGAAGAUCAUUGCAGCAUACACUUUUGACGCUGGACCUAAUGCGGUGAUUUAUUAUGAAGAGGAGAAUACGGCUGCAGUAGCUGGUGUUGUGAAGGGUGCGCUUGAAGGAUUGGAUGGCUGGCAAAGCAGGGAAAUUGAGUCGCAGGAUGCUGGUAAUUUAGAUGCCAGAGCAGUCCAAGUUCUAAAGGACGGUGUCUCACGGGUCAUUUUGACCCAAGUUGGAGAAGGACCUAUUAGUACGAAAGACAGUUUACUUGCCGCUGAUGGUGAAGCGUUGAAGAAGUAA